AUGGAUUCUAAAAUUGACGAUGAAAACCCAUCGACUGAUGAUACACCAACAAUAUCUGAUGUACAAGUAAAUCCUUUGACAAUAAUGACAUCAGUACCACCAUUUAAACCUGUUGAUGAGAAUCAAGAGAAUCCACUUGAAUCAAAAACUGCUGAUGUAUCAUCACAUCAAUCAGCAGAUAUUGAUUUGUCCCCAUCAUUUAAUGCAGAUGUUUCAUCGCCGAUUGCUUUUCUAUCAGCAUCAACGUUAGCUGAUCAACAAUUAUCAACAAAUACUCAUAUGGAUAAUCAUUCAAUUGCUGCUUGGGUUGAAUCAACAACAGCAGAAACUACUUCACCAACAAUUGAACGUUCACCAUCACUUCCAUCAACAUUACUUGAUCAAGGCAUAAUAUCUGCUCGGCGAGAUUCAAAUGUAUCAACUAUAUGUGAUCAACAACAAUCAAUUAUUUCAGAAUUAUCGUCUUCCCAACAAUUAUCAUAUUCAAAUGAUAUGCAACGUAGUUUAUCUGUACCUAUAAAUGAUCCAUAUGAUCAAACUGAUAAUAAUGAAUUGAUUCUUCCAAUAAAUGAUAAAAAUGAAGAUGAAGAUGAAGAUGAAGACGAAGAAGAAGAAGAAGAAGAUGUGUCAUUAAAAUUUCUUCCUAUACCUGAAUCAGAAGAUUCCGAAGUUGAUAAGAAAAAAAAACAACUACCAUCUAUAAAUGAAGAACAAGUACAAUUCGAAGCUCGAUCACCAAUAACUCAAGAAAGUUCAAAAAAAUCACCAAAUGUUUCUUUCCAUGCAUCAGUUUCAUUCGAAACACAUCAUAAAUCAUUACCAACACGUCGACAACGUCGUAAUUCAUGGAAUAUAAAUCGAACUAGAUUACCUUCAUUUCAACGUUCACUAUCUUCUAUAGUAACAACUCAACAACCAUCAUUACAUUCUCAUGUUCUUCGUAAACAAUUUAAAACUUCUCUUUCAAUGCCUAAUGCGGGUGAUUAUUCAUCUGGUGAUGCAACACGACAAUCAUCUCGUGGAUCCGAUCAUAGUUUUCUCUCAACUCCAAAUACAGCUUCAUCUUUAUUACCAAGUUAUUCAAACAAUCAUCGUUUUCUUGCUAUUCCAUCAUCUUCAUCUGUUAUUUCUUCGGAUCGUAAUGCAUCAGUUAUAUCAGAUGCAUCUGGUCGAAGUGGUAUUGAAUCAACAAAUCUAGAAACAAGUAUAUCUGAUCCAUUACAAUCAUUAAGUAUUGAUGAUGAAAAAUUAAAAAAUCCAAAAUCAUUAUUUUAUCGUCAACAACGUACUAGUUCAGCAUCAAUAGGUUCAGAUGAAACACCUAGUACACAAAGUAAGUCAUCAUCUGAUGAUGAUAUGAAUAAUUUUAAUGCAAAAAUGAAAGAUUUAAGAAUUGAUAAAGAUUCACGAAAAGGAAAUAUAGAUAAAAGAAAAGAUAUUUUAAAACAAUUAAUGUGGUUACUUGAAAAAAAAGUAACUAUAUAUGGUCGAUAUGGACUUGGACGUCGAAGAUCAACAAGUCCUGUAAAACAGAUACAACAAAAAUCAACAUCAAAUGCAUUUGUUGAGUUUUGUUCAUCAUUUCGUUCAAAUAAUACUAUGAAUACACUUCCACGAAAUGAAACAGAUAAUCAAUCGAAAAUUUCUUCUCCACGUCUUUGUUGUUCAAAUACAAAUGAAAAUUCUAAUGUAUUACAUUCAUUACCAUUAUCAUUACAAACAUCAUAUGUUGAUCCAAUGAAUCAAAGUUAUACAUCUGUACGUAGUACACAUUCAGACUCAAGUGCAACAAGUCCAUUAAUAAAUACAAAACCUUUAGCACGAAAUUCAUUAACUUUAACAACAUCACUUCAACGAAAACGUCCAGUACAUCGUCGUAAUUUAAGUGGUUUAGCAGCUAUUACACGUGAUCGUAAAAAUUCAUUUAAUAAAUCCGAUCAACAAAAUAUUGUACCAGUUUUACAACAAGAACAAGAACCAAAAUUACCAAUGAAUCGUAAUAUAGAAGAUAUUCUUAAUGAACAUUUAAUAAUGAUUAAUAAAUUUCUUUCAAGUCAUUUAUAUAAUGCUAGUAUGUCUUAUCCAUCACAAAAUUCUUCCAUUCGUGAUUUUCUUUAUACACGUUUAAAUGAAUUAUCACAACAAAAUCCAAUGAAUCAACGAUGUUCAAGAGUUGAAACAAAAGCUUUCAUUGAUUUAAUUAGUACAUUUCAAAUGAAUCGUGCACAUCAUUAUAGUUUUUUAACAGAUAGUGUAAAAGAUUUAUUAAUAUCAAAUAAUGAAGCAAUACAUCUUAUGAAUCAAUACAGUGAAAAUGAUGAUGAUAUAAUUCAAGAUGGUCAUAUUGCUAGUAAUGAAUCAUCAAAUACAUCGUCACCAUCAUUAACUCGUUAUACAAGUACUGAAUCAAAACCUGAAAUAGAUGAUGAUAACAAAUUAUUUAACGAUCGUCCAUUACGUUUUUUUCGUACACUCUCGGAAGAUUAUAUUCUUGCUUGUGAACGUACAGAAAAUGACUUAAAAAAUUUAUUUGAUAUAGCUGAUCAACAACAUACACUCUACUGUUUAAAACAUAUUGAUAGUGGUCAUACAAAUGAUUCAUUAGCAGCAUUUCAUCGACGACUUGAUGCACUUUUUGUUUGGUAUAAUCUUUAUUAUGAAUUAACAAUAUCAGUUAGAAAAUUAAGUGGUCUUUUACGUUGUGAUGAUUGUGAUGAUUGGCCUAAAUUACAUUUUCGUUCAAUAGGAACUCAUCGUGAACGAAAAGCAAAACGUGCUAACGAAACUUACGUUGAUUAUGAUUCAACAAGUGAAGAAUCCGAUGCUGAAGAUGAAGAGGAAAUAAAAACAACAGAAGAAAGUGAUGUAGAAGUCGAAUCAGAAGAUAGUGGAGAUAAUGAUAUUCUACCAAAAACAUAUUGGCCUGAAGAACCACCUGAUCAUUUAUCACGUCUUGAAAUUGCCGAUGAUUCAACAACAACAACAACAAAUGAGAUAAAUCCAAAAGUAAAAGCAUUAAAUCGAAAUGGUUGUUAUCGAAAUUUUGUUUAUUAUAUGGAUAAACGUUCUUAUCAAGUUAAAUAUGAUGGAUUAGCAAGGACAUUAAUCGAACGUGUUGCACCAGUUCUUGUUAAGACUCGUUUAGCUUUAUUACAAACAGAUGAUCGACGUAAAAUAAAACUCGAACAAGUUCUUGCAGGUUCACCAUUAUGUGAUUUUCAAACUUCACAGAUAAAUAAAUCUGAAUCGAAAAUUAAUCUUAAUAAUGAUGAUACAGAUGAUAAGCUAGUUGAUACAGAUAAUCCAGUUGAUGAAAAUUCAAUAGCAGAUAUCAAUAUUGGAGAAUUAACUAUUGAAAAAUGGCUUUUUCAUGUAUUAAAAUCAUGUCCAACUAUAAAAACAAUAUGUUCACAUACUGAUGAUAUAUUAAAACAAAAUUGGCUUGAAUUACAUCAACAAUUAGGUUUACCAUCUUUAUUACCAUUAUAUUUUUUUAUUAUUAAUGUUUUACUUGAUGUUAUGAAUGAAUGUUUAAAACUUUAUAAUAGACCUUAUAUGAAUAAUGAUACGAUUGAAAUCGAUUCUCUUUGUCGACAACAACUUGUUCGUGAAGCAAAACUUGUAUUAAGAGAUGCAUUAGCUACUCGUUUAUAUAGUGUACGUAUGAUGGAACAAUUUAUGUCUCAACGUGAAAUAACUCACGAACUUAUGGAAUUCGAUGAAAAUACUAUUAAACUUUAUACGCAUUAUAAACAAUUUUUAAGUACAGUUUGUAUUAAUCGAACAUUUGGUAUACAUGAUAGUGAUAAUAUGAUUAUGAAUAAUGAACCAAAUAUUGAUUAUUAUUAUUAUGUUGAUGAAGAAACAUCAGAAUUAAUUAAAGAAUAUUAUUUUGCUAGAGAUUUAACAGUUACAUUAGGAAAUCGAACAGAAAUUCGUGAUCUAUGUAAUGAAUUUUGUGCUUUAGCAUUGAGAAUAUUAGCACAAUUGAAAGAAGAAUUAAAUGGUAAAACAGAAGAAUAUUAUCAAGUAUUUGCAAUUGAUAUGAAUGAUAAAUUAGGACUUAAUGAUGGAUCAUAUUCAGCCGACAUAACUUCUGAUACAAUCAAACAACCAUCAUUUCAAACAUCAGCAAGUGUUCCACCUGAACUAUAUCAUAAUGACUCAAUAGUUUCUGAUACAGCUUCAUCUUUUUCUGAUCAAAAGAAAAACGAUAUAAUUUCAAGUACACGUGAAUUUCGUCGACAUUUUGAUAUAAUCAAACAACGAACAACACGUGUUUGUCAAUUAGCUAAAACACUUGUUGAUGAUUUCUCGAUUGCAAUUGAAUUUAACUGUUUCAAUCAUAUUGAAUUAUGGCAACAACUUCGUCAAAGUUCUUAUGUUCAAGUUAAAAUAUAUUUUAAUAAAAAUAAAGCAGAUGAUUUUGAUAAUUUUUAUAUUUUUGCUCCACCAUGGUUAUCAACAGAUAAAAAUCAAGUUGAAAAAAUUUUAAGUAUUAUAUGUACUCAACAAUUACCAAUAGAUGACAUAAAUCGAACAAAUAAAGAUGACCAUCCAUGUUAUAUUGUAUUUUUACCAAAGAAAAGUUUUCAACGACAAAAAAUUCAAUGGUCUGGAGAAAUUUUAUUUAUUCAACCAAGUGAAAGUACAAAAUUAGCUUUAAAUUCUACAGAACUUGAUUCAUUACAUUUGGUUAUAAAUCGAUCUGAUCAUUGGGAACAUAUAGCAAAAUUAUUUCAAUCACAUGUUGGAUUAACAACUGUGGAACUUAUUAGAAAAUUACCACGUGAUGAAGAUAUUCGUUCAACUUUUGAUCAAUUACCUGAACAUAUUGAAAAAUUAAGUAUUGAAAUAACAAAUCUUGUUCGAACAUUAAAUACAAUUUGGGAUCAAGAUUCAACAAAAAUUUAUCUUACAGAAAUUGUUAAAUUUGAUGAACGUACAAUUGAAUCAAAAUUAGUUGAUCUUGUUUUAUAUGUUUAUAAUUCUGGUUUUGAUCUUUUUCGUCUUUUAUAUGAUCUUAUACCAACUAUAUCAUCAAAUAAUGAUGAAAUACUCGAAAAAUUUGUUCGAACUAUGAAUGAAUUCUUCUGUGAAUGGUGUAAAUGUGUUACAAAAAAAUUUAAAUAUAUAUCAGGACAACAAGCUCGAACAGCUAGAUAUAAAGUAUUUAGACCAAAAUGGCUUUCUCCUGGUAUGGUUUUUCUUCGAUUUUUGGCAAAAUCAACUCAUUUACAAUUACUGUCAGAUGAAGAUUAUAAAAAAUUAACUAAAGAAAUGCCUGCUGCUCUUGAUGCUUUAUAUGGAAAUGUGAAAGGUAAUCCUACUUCACCAACGACUAAAGUUCGUUCCAAUAGUGUUUCAUCAAUAUCAAUAAAUUUAGGCCGACCACGAGUUUCUUCAAGUACAAAUGUACAUCGACGAAAUGAAAGUGGUGGUCGUUAUAAUGAACUAAUAACUUCAACAUUCUUAACACCUCGUCAACGUAUUACACAAAAAAUAAAAGAUCUUGAAAAUAAUUUAGAAAAAAAAUUUCGUGAACGAAAACAAAUUGGACAAAUUUUUGAUACAACAUCAUUAACAAGUGGAACUAUUCCAGAUCCUGUUAUAUCAUUAAAAACACGUAAUAUUGAUUUUCCAUGGCGUCGUGGAACCCGUAUUGGUCAAGGUGGUGCUGGUGUUGCAUUUCGUGCAAUUAAUGCUUCAAAUGGAUCUAUUGUAUGUAUGAAAGAAAUUCAAUUAUCAUCAAUUGCUUCUCGAUCAUUACCAAAUGCAUAUCCUGAUAAACUUCGACGUAUUGCAAAAGAAAUCGAUAUGAUUAUGUCUAUCAAUCAUCCAAAUAUCGUACGAUAUUUUGGUAUCGAAAAAUAUAAAAGAACAAUUUAUAUUUGUAUGGAAUAUUGUUUAUCGACAGUAAAUGAAUUUCUUAAUGAUAUAAGAUCAUUUCAAAAACGUGCACGUAUAAAACGAAAGAAUAGUAUUUUAUGGAGUGAUUCAAGUGAGCAAGAUGAAAAUUAUAGUACAUAUGACGCUCUUUUAACUUCUUCACUUGAUUUUAAUGAAAAUGUUCGUGGUUUUGUUAAACAAUUAUUAAAUGCUUUAAUGGCUUUACAUGAAAAUAGUAUUGUUCAUUGUGAUGUUAAAGGUGAUAAUAUAUUUAUUGCAAAUGAAGAUGGAAAAUAUAUCGUUAAAUUAGGUGAUUUUAAUUUAUCUCAUCGACUUGAACUUGAAUCACCAUCAUCAGAUGGCAGUGAUUCACGUAGUACACAAAAAGGAACGAUAUAUUUUAAACCUCCAGAAUCUGAAUAUGUUUAUAAAUCUGAUAUAUGGGCACUUGGUUGUACAAUAAUAGAAAUGUUAACUGGCAAAUUACCAUGGACAAAUGUAACACGGCCACCCGACGAUCAAAUUUAUAUUCAAAAUCAAUUAUUAGCGAAAAAAGGACCACCCAUUCCAGAAGAAUUAAGAGAUCAAAAUGAAGCAUAUGAAUUUAUUGAAUUAUGUUUAAAACCUGAUCUUGAAGAACGUCGAUCAGCUAGAGAAUUACUUAAUCAUCCAUAUCCACGAGUUCGAAUUGGUUCGUAG